AUGCCUGUUAUUGAAAUCCCAAAGGAGCAAUGGGCGCAAGUACUCGAAAAGCCCGGGGGCCUGGUUGUUCAUAAGAAAGUUCCCGUACAUAUGCCAGGUCCCGAUGAGGUCUUGGUCAAUGUAAAGUAUUCCGGAGUCUGUCAUACCGACUUACACGCUAUGAUGGGUGAUUGGCCACUAAAGAGGAAGAUGCCUCUAGUUGGUGGUCACGAAGGCGCUGGUGUCGUGGUCGCCAAGGGUGAGCUUGUCAUGAACAUAGAGAUUAGUGACCACGUUGGGAUCAAGUGGUUAAAUGGCUCUUGUUUAAACUGCACUUUCUGCUUACAAGGCGAUGAGCAGCUCUGUCCUCAGGCUCUCCUCUCCGGCUAUACAGUAGACGGCACUUUCCAGCAAUAUGCUAUUGCCAAGGCGGCACACAUCACCCGAAUCCCUAGCGAGUGUAGCCUGGAAGACGUUUGUCCGAUCCUUUGCGCAGGACUCACCGUUUACAAGGGGCUUAAAGAAUCUGGUGUUCGUCCGGGGCAAUAUGUCGCCAUAGUUGGUGCAGGCGGUGGCCUCGGAUGCGUCGCUCUACAGUACGCUAAGGCCAUGGGUGUCCACAGCAUUGCAAUCGACGCAGGGAACGAUAAAUCCAAGGUUUGCAAAGAUCUGGGUGCAGCAGCUUUUAUCGACUUCCAAGAGUCCUCAGAUAUUGCCGCUGAUGUUAGGGCCGCAGUCCCCGACGGGUUCGGGCCCCACGCUGUCCUCGUGCUCGCAACCCACGAGGUGCCAUUCCAGCAGGCAUACAAAUAUGUUCGAUCACACGGCAGUGUUGUUUGCAUUGGUAUGCCGGGCUAUGCAUAUCUCAAAGCACCAAUCUUCGCCACUGUCGUUCGCAUGGUCAACAUCAAAGGCAGUUAUGUGGGGAACCGCCAGGACGCAGCCGAGGCUAUUGAAUUCUUCCGACUUGGCCAGAUUAAAGCGCCACACAAGCUUAUUGGUUUGAGUCAUCUACAGGAUGUCUAUGAUAUGAUGCUUAAGGAUGAGAUUGUGGGUCGGUAUGUCGUUGAUACAAGCAAGUGA